AUGACGCCCCAGGCGCGUCAGCAGGCAGCGGCCGUGCCGCCCGUUACGGCUGCGCAGCCUAUGACUGCACCUGCGACAGCGGCGGCGAACAACCAGGUGGAUACGUCGGAUGUGGCGACGCUGAACGAUGCGCUCGGGAGCGCGGGUGUCGAUUUGCGGGCGGAAGAAGAGUCCCUCCAGCGCUCCUCCGACACGCACCAGAUCUACCGUCUGCACGAGGACCGCUCCCGCAAGCAACCCGCCACGCCCAACUUCGACAUCCGCUAUCUGGGACCGACCAUGCGCACCAUCGGCACGUCGCACAAGGUCACGAAAAUACCAGACGACACCGCCAACUACCUCGCGCUCGCCCUCCGCGCCAGACUGUCGGACCUGGUCAAGGGCAUGGUGAAGGCGGCACAGCACCGCACGGACGCGCAGUUCGACAGGCCCGCGAGCACGUACCCCGACGCGGAGGGCACCCCGAUGUGGAGCAUACGCGUGCGCGCGGACGUGGGGAGGCAGCUCGCGGCGCUGGAGAAGGCGGAGAAGGAGGAGGAGAUGCGCGUGCGGAGGGAGCGCAAGGAGCGCGCGGAGCUCGCGGCGAGUCAUGCGGCGAAUCUCGCGGCGCAGGCGGCGGGGGGCGGGGCCGCUGCUUCGCCUGCGCCGGCGGCACCGGGUGCUGCGGGUGCGGGGAGUGCGAUGGUUGUGGACGGGGACGACGGGGCGGGGGGCGCGGGCGGGGAGGGGCAGGCGAAGAAGAAGAGGAAGAAGGAGGGCCCGGGUGUGACGGCGAAGAAUAUGAGCGAGGACGUGCGCAAGAAGAUGUCGAACGCUGUUGCGAGCCAGGCGGCGGGGAUUGGCGGGAAGUAUGCGUGGAUGACGGCGGCGACGUCUGCUGCGACGCCGAAGCCUAAGCCUGCGCCUGCUGCUGCUACUCCUGCCCCUGCAUCGACACCGACUCCUAGUGGUAGCAACGGCGCCACUACGAACACGGGGACGGCGGCUGGGCCGACGCCGGCGACGCCCGCCACAACGACCGCACCUGCAGCGAACACUACAGGAGCGGGGAGUUCGUGGGCGAGGCCAUAUGUCUCGACGACGAAGCCAGCGACGGCAAAGGGGUCUGAGGACGACGCUCGGAUGGCGAUCACGAUGCGGGACGCGAUGUUUGUGAUUGAGAACGAGCGCGGGCACGGAGGAGGACGAGGAGCUGCUCUUGGAUGGACUUAG